GAAAUGGGAUCCUGAAUGUCGACCCGGUUGUUCAUGCUAAUAUUCAGCUGCUGCACGCGUGAAAUUGACAGCGCAUAAUUGUGAAGUGCCUUACAGACUUUCCGAAAGUUUAAAAGUCAGCGAUGAUCUUGAGACUGUCGAACAGGGCAUGCGUCCUGUCUGGAUCAGCUCGUCUAAAAAGCACUUUGUCAACCUUCUUCGAUGAGAUGGGAAAAGCUGGUAUCAUCCUAAAAUCUGCGUCAACUGGUAUAUUUGAGAACCUGGCCUUAGAAGACUGGAUUCACGAUCACGUUGAUCUGCAAAACAGAAGCAUGCUGUUAUUAUGGAGAAACUGUCCCGUGGUGGUCAUCGGAAGGCAUCAGAACCCCUGGCAGGAGUGUAACCUGCCCCUGAUGAGACGCUUGGGGAUCCCGCUAGCGAGGCGUCGCAGUGGAGGUGGGACAGUUUACCACGAUUUUGGAAACAUCAACAUGACCUUCUUCACCUCCAAGAAGAAAUACGACCGUCAUAGAAAUCUCAAAGUCGUUACUGGUGCAUUAAAAGCACUGAGACCCGAUCUAGAUGUCGCAGCCACAGACAGAUUUGAUAUUUUGUUAAAUGGCAAUCACAAGAUUUCAGGGACUGCUGCGAAAUUAGGCAGAACCUCUGCUUAUCAUCACUGUACAUUACUGUGUUCUGUUGAGCGUUCAGUAUUGUCCUCGGUCCUGAAGAGUAACGCUUCUGAAGUUAUCAAGAGCAAUGCUACUCCAAGCGUCCCUUCCCCUGUCAAGAACCUUUUAGAUGUGGAUCCCACUCUUGACUCCAAUAUUAUUAUGGAUGCUAUUGUGUCCCAGUACAAUAAUGAAUUUGGCUUUGAUGGCCCUGUCAUCACAGUGGACCCCACUCAUGAAGCUCUCAUGCCUGGUAUUCAAAAGAUGGCACAGGAUCUGCAGACAUGGGAUUGGAUUUAUGGCAAAACUCCAAAAUUCAGUGUUUGCACAUCAAUAGUGGUGAAUGAUGUGAAUAUUAAGCUUGAUAUGGUCAUCAAAAAUGGUACUGUAGAACAAUGUGCCAUGGAAAUCCCAGAAGACUGGCUUCCUUCAGAGAUGGUGAAUGAGUUUACAUCAGCUCUGAAUGGCAGCAGAUACUGUUCGAAUGAAGCAGCGUUGCUGGUGGCGGCGUUCAUGAGAACUCAUUCAAUGACAGAUGAUGUUGCUGAGAAGAUACAUAGAUUGUGUGCUGGUGUGGUUUCAGUAAUGUGAAUAAAAAUGAAA